UCACAAUUCAUUUCAUGGAUGCUCCUUGGUAAACUAAAAAUCCAAAACUCCCCUGACAACGAAACCUGAAAACCUUUUAAUUGCUAAACUGUUCGUCUGUGUAAAUACGAAAUCUUAGUUGAUGUACAACACUUUAAGGUUGUAAGAAGACGAACAACAAAAGCUGAUUUUUCAUUUCGAUGGCAGCAACCAAGAAAUCUUUGCAAUUUGUGUUGAAAAGUAUUAGCAAAGGUAGGAGGAGCUUGAGUGCUCUCCCUCAAGGAAACCCUUCUUCUUCUCAACAUCUCAUCAACCUUGAAUAUCAAUAUAGUGCUCACAAUUAUCACCCAAUUCCGGUGGUAUUUUCACAUGGAAGGGGUUCAUGUAUAUGGGAUCCCGAAGGCAACAGAUAUCUUGAUUUCCUUUCUGCCUAUUCUGCAGUUAAUCAGGGUCAUUGCCAUCCCAAGGUCAUGAAGGCAUUAGUUGAGCAAGCAGGAAAGCUCACUCUAAGUUCCAGAGCGUUUUAUAAUGAUAAAUUCCCAGUACUUGCUGAGAGUCUAACAAAUUUGUUCGGCUAUGAGAUGGUUUUACCCAUGAAUACUGGGGCUGAAGGUGUAGAAACAGCGUUGAAAUUGGCGAGAAAAUGGGGUUAUGAGAAGAAAAACAUUCCAAAGGAUGCGGCUAUUAUUGUCUCAUGUUGUGGCUGUUUUCAUGGACGUACCAUGGCUGUGAUAUCUAUGAGCUGUGACAAUGAUGCAACUCGUGGUUUUGGGCCACUAUUGCCUGGCCAUCUUAAAGUUGAUUUUGGUGAUGCAAAUGCACUUGAAAAGAUUUUUCAAGAAAACGGUGAUCGGAUAGCUGGAUUUUUAUUUGAACCUAUUCAAGGAGAGGCUGGGGUUAUAAUUCCACCAGAUGGUUAUCUAAAGGCUGUCCGAGCCCUAUGCUCAAAGUACAAUGUUCUAAUGAUCGCCGAUGAAAUACAAACCGGUAUAGGUCGAACAGGAAAACUACUGGCAUGUGAAUGGGAAGAUAUUAGGCCAGAUGUUGUGAUACUAGGCAAAGCGCUAGGUGCUGGAGUGGUGCCUGUAAGUGCGGUUCUCGCAGACAAGGAUGUAAUGCUAUGUAUUAAGCCAGGGGAACAUGGAAGCACAUUCGGGGGCAAUCCUUUGGCGAGUGCAGUUGCUAUUGCCUCACUAGAUGUUAUCAGUGAUGAGGGACUUACUGAGAGGGCUGCUAAGAUGGGAGAGGAAUUUAGGCAACAACUAAAGAAAGUACAGGAGAAAUUCCCCGAAAUAAUAACGGAAGUACGAGGAAAAGGUUUGCUGAACGCAGUGGAGCUUAAUAGCAACGCAUUGCUCCCUGCCACUGCUUAUGACAUCUGUCUUCAGCUUAAAGAAAGAGGAAUUCUUGCUAAGCCAACACACAAUACAAUAAUUCGUUUAGCUCCUCCUCUCUGCAUAAGUUCCGAGGAGCUCCAAGAAGCCUCUAAGGCACUAUCUGAUGUUCUAGAGAUUGACUUACCAAAACUGAAGAAGCAGAAGCCAGAAGUAGACCAGUCACCUGUUUCUCAAGUUUGUGAUCGAUGUGGGCGAAAUACACAGUGAUUUUUAGAUACAGUUCUUAGAAUCCUAUGCACGUUUUCCCUCCAUAUUUAGUAGAGACACGAGUUAAUAGCUUGGAAGCUCUGUGUACCUCGAUAAGAUUAGCUUAGUCCAAUACUUGAGGCCUUGCCUCAACCGUUGGUCAUUGAAGAUCAUAUCAGUGUAGGUUAGUGUUUCUUUGUUAGAGAGAUGGAAUAAAAUGGUUCCAUAAUGUGUAAUCUUACCUCCAUUUGUAUAUGCACUCGGUUGAAGUUUUUCAUGUUUGCAUUUGCAUUGCUAUAAUGCAAGUUUCAUGAAAAUCAGAUCUUUUGUCAAAGUAGCAUUUUGGCAACAGAUCGGUGUGUGUUAUGAAGACCAUACUUUCCAGAGAGCAUUUGUGACGUUGGAAGAA